GGAGGUCAUGCGGCUGACGCAACGGCUCUGAUGGUCGGACAGCGUGACCGCCGGCCGCCGCUGACUCGCUCUCCGAUGGAAAAUGGCCGAGGUCUUCGGUUCACUACUUCUCUCCGGGAUUCUGCUCUGUGGCUUUCUUGUGCACAUGCGGUCAGUCUGGGUCGCUGAUCCCAGUAAGAAACCCAACUUCAUCAUCAUCCUGGCAGAUGAUAUUGGAUGGGGUGACCUGGAUGCAAAUCAGCCUGGGAGAAGUGCAGGCAAUACUCCAAAUCUUGAUCUCAUGGCCCGGCAAGGACUGAGACUGACGGAUUUCCAUGCUCCAGCUUCCACCUGUUCACCGUCACGUGCUGCCAUCCUGACUGGACGCUACGGCCUGAGGAAUGGUGUCACCCAUAACUUCGCCGUGGGCUCAGUGGCGGGUUUACCUCUGUCUGAGGUCACUUUGCCUCAGCUGUUGCAGAAGGCUGGCUACUUCACUGCUAUGGUUGGGAAGUGGCACCUGGGUCACGCCGAACAGUAUGGCCCAACAAAACGUGGUUUUGAUUACUACUUGGGUGUUCCUUACAGUAACGACAUGGGCUGUAGUGAUGUUCCAGGAUUUGAUCUGCCACAGUGCCCUGCGUGUGACUCACUGGGGCCCAAAGUCAUCAGAUUAAAGAGACAUGAAGGUUGCUACAGCCAAGUUGGUCUUCCACUAUUUGAAAACAACAGUGUUGUGGAGCAGCCGCUCGAUCUCUGGACCCUGACGGAGAAGUACAAGUCUGCUGCCCUCAGCAUGAUCCAAAAAGCAAGACAACAAGGUCAGCCCUAUCUGCUCUACAUAGCCUUAGCCCACAUGCAUGUGCCCUUGGCUCCUCCACUGCGCCCCGAUACCAGCUCCGAUGGCAGCAUUGGGGUCUACAGUGCCAGCCUUCGAGAGAUGGAUGCUGUUGUCGGAGCCGUGAAGCGAGCCUCUGAUGAUACUGACGGCAACACUCUCAUCUGGUUCACAGGUGACAAUGGUCCGUGGGAGCAGAAGUGUCAGUACGCAGGGAGUGCUGGACCCUUCCAGGGAAGGUGGCAGCAGAGCAGAGGCGGGGGUUCCGCCAAGCGGACGACAUGGGAAGGAGGUCACAGAGUGCCAACAGUGGCCUACUGGCCCGGGGCCAUACAAGCCAACUCCACCAGCUCUGCCCUUCUCAGUGGCAUGGACAUCUUCACCACUCUGCUGGCGCUAGCUGGUGUAGCUCCACCUUCAGACAGACGCUAUGAUGGCAUAGAUGCGUCAGACAUUCUCCUUCAUGGUGCACAGACUGGCCGUAAGUCACUGUUCCAUCCAAACAGUGGAGCUGCUGGGAGGUAUGGUGACCUGCAGGCUGCUCGAGCUGGCAGGUACAAGGCAUUCUACAUUACCGGGGGCGCUAAGAGCUGUGGUGGGAUAACUGGAAGGCAAGAGUUCCAUGAUCCUCCUCUGAUCUUUGAUCUUGAACGGGACCAGGCUGAGGAAAAGCCCCUGGAGGUCGGGACCCUUGAAUAUAAGGCUGCAGUGAAGAAGAUCACACGACUGAGGGAGGAGUUGUUGUGGGACAUUGCUACAGACAAGUCCGUAUCUGUGGCAGACUACACCACUAACGCAUCGUCUGUACCCUGCUGUGACCUCACAUUACCCGUCUGUCGCUGCCACCCACUUGUCUGACGGCAGAAGGGCGGAGAGGGGUGAAAGAGGAGUGCACGAGUAAAGGUGUCUUAUAUAGGUGUUGGUUUAUUCAUGUGCCUGUGAGGUCAGUGACCAGAUCCAGCAGGCCACAAACAAACAGAGCAAAGAGCAACACGAGGGAAGCUGGAGGUCCGAGAGGGGCUGUUGGUCCGAUUAAAACAUAGCCAGCAUUGUAGAGCUUUGUUCAUUAACUUGUCAUUGAUGACUCGUCUGAAUCCAAACCAAAUAGUGUCAGCGUGUAACUCAACUAAAUAACCCACUCGCGUCCAUUUUCAGCUUUAAUGAUGUUACAGUUCAGCAUCUUACAGCUCAACUCGUCCCAACAGCGCCACCCUUUGGCAAGUAAAAGUGUUACUGUAGCUGCUAUAACAGUACUAUACAGAGUACAUGUAAUAUAGUAAAAAUAAUAAUGACGCAGUACACAUGGAAACUUUUUCUAAAGUACAACAAAGUAAAAAGGUACCAACAUAUUCAGCAUUCAAAUUGUAAAUGCAGACAUAAUAAACAUGUCCAUUGAGAUUCUCGGAUCUAUAGUUUUCUCUUGUUCAGCUCAAACAUCAAGCGCUUCACAUUUAGCUGCUGCACUGAGACUCCAGAAUUGUUAUCAGGUGACAUGUGACUCUGCAACUGCUUGGUCUCCAUAAUUAGCAUCUUCAAGUCUUCAAAUAUGUACUGCGUUGUUCUGAUCUCACACUUGCAGAGAGGUCGUUCCUUGAGAGAAAUGCCCGUGUAGUCCGUCACGUCCUUUGUUUUACCUGCAGUUACGUAGACAUUAACUUCAUCAGCGAUUAGAUUGGAGGAGUUAACAUAAUCCACCUAGUGUCAACAGUGCACAGUAAAAGCAGACUGACACUGUGUCAUUGAGAUUUACAGACUCAGGAAAGUGUUCUAGUUGUGUGUUUAGUGUUGGAUAAUAGAGUUUUAUCUUCAUAGAUGAAAAAGUCUUUAAGAAAAGAGCAGGAUGAAGGACAGAGUCUAGAAUGUAACAUCCUAGUUGGAUUUGACAUAAAGAUCAGCAGAUGCAGGUACAAGGGAUGACACAAUGCCGUUUUCCAUUCUCUCUCGUUCACUCCGGGCUGACGGGAGGAAAUUCAUUCUCGUCGUCCAGGCAGACGGGACCUUCCGCCAACUCGUGCUCUGGGAUCACAUCUCCUUUGUGGGCUCCUCCAUCCUCAGAGUAGCCUAAAAUAACAAGUGUAUUUACGCUCUUCUGUCAAAGCUUAUAUUCAAAACACAAAGAACCACAUAGUCUCCGGCCUGAGAAAUGUUUGGGCCACGUAAGAACGCCUCCCAGUGGACUACACUGACAAAUACAACAUCGAACAGAAGAGGGAAACUCGACUAAUAAAAAGCAACUCUGUUAUCCCUUAAUAACCCUUUGCUGAUGAAUCAAUGCUUAAUCCAACCGGUUUCUGUAAGGCGUUUUGUUCUAAACUGUUCUUUUGUACCUGUGAGUGUGGCUGCGGAGAGCGGGCUGGAAGGGAGAGCCACAGUGGCGGCGUACGACUGUCCAACCGUUGGUGGCGCCACUUCGUCUGGUUUCUCGUCUUCUUUCGUCUCCACUGUCUCGUCACCCGAGUCAAACAACCUUCAGAGUUGACAUUUCAUUGUCAGAGAGUUCCGUCGCUUAUAGAUAUUGGCUGCUUUUAAGAGAAGCACAUCCAAGUUUUAGGUGAUACACACGCGUGUUUUUGGACCAGGACACACUCGCCACCAUCCUGUGGGUCCACAUUAUAGAUGUACAGAUUCCCAUCAGAGGAGGCUACGAGGAGUCGAGGCAGCUUCUGGACCCUGACGACCCAAAACACAAUUCGGGUUAAACAACGAAUGAAACCAGCCAGAAUGACUUCACUCACGUGGUCAGGGCACAGAUGUUCUUCAGGCCAUAGGUGUUAAGUCGUACAGUGGCGAAGGCUCUGUCUUGAUGCAUCAUGUCUGACACCUGAGCAGGCAGGUAAGUGCUGGCAGCCGUGAACAUUUUGCCCACAUACGCUGACCAAGUGGGAGACUCCUCUUCCUGGCUUCUGGAAAUUCAAAUCGAUAUACCUUUUACACAUGUGAGAAAAGAUGCCUAUUGUUGGGGGCCUCUUUACCCCACAAAUUUAAGCCUCAAUUUGAGAAUGAAAAUGUCAAAUAACUGGGUCAUUAUAAUAGCUUUAACUUAGGUUCAGAGUCCGGGUAAAUGCUGUGCCAUUUGUUUCCGAUGGUUAGGUUUAGGGUGAGAGGCUGGGGAAAGGGUUAUGGCAAUGAGAGCCCCCCACAAGGGUAGAGCUACAAACGUGUAUGUGUGUACCUGGGGCUGUGCUGCUCUAGUUUGAAGAUGUGGACCGUUUCCGUGUUGCUGGACGCACACAGGAACUGUGCGUCUGCACUGAAGGACAGGGAACUGAUGCUGACAUAUCUGCAGGACAGAAACAGCUUGAGUUAGUAAGUGUGACUCAAAUGAAAACAGGGAGCAAAUUUAAACAGAAAUUAAUUACAAAUGAAUGUGUUUGUAAAAUGGAUUUUUGCUCGAGAGGUUUAUAGUGUGCUGACAAACUGAAAAUCUGUAUGACCGAACUAUGUUGACUUCUAUGGAUAUAGAA